CAGUGCGAGUGGAGGUGACAUCUGCCACCGGCGCGCGGUGUGGCACUCUACCACUCUAGGACACCAGGUAAGAUAACUGGUUCGUUGGAAUCCUAGCACAAUUGUUCUUGGUAACAGCAGAGCAACAAUAUCCUGGUUGGCGCCGGAAAGGUUUCGGGCAAAGCUUUUCGGUGAAGAUCGAGAGGAUACAAUGCAUGGAAUGACCGCUGUGGAGGACGGGAAGGAGCACUCUACAGUGGUGACCCCUGCUCACCCUGUAGCACCAACGUCCGGCCAUCCCCUCCACUCAGCCCUCCACACCCCUUCUGGUGUUGUCAAUACUGGCUUCGCACAUGAAGAACAGAAGAGGAAGGUCAGCAUUUCCUCUGAUGCCAUACAGGCUGAUGUGGAUAAACAGCGGAAGAUCAGCACCGGUAGUUACCGCAAGAACAUUCUGCACAAUGGAGACCGUCAACACUUUGUGGAACCAGGCUACGCACACUCUGACCAGCAGAACCCUAAUAGGCUGAACCUGGAACAUCUCCACAAGUAUGCGGCCCAGUCGGAAGUAUCCUGGUGGUACACGUUGUGUUUCAAGUGCCGCCAGAAAGAGACAGGACCAGGAUGGGAGCCAUCCUUCUGGCAGAGCAUCUGUCCCUAUCCCUUCUGCCCUACAUAUCGCCACAUGGCCCGAGUGUUUGCUUUGGCUCUUCUGUUGGUGCUGGCCUGGGGCAUUGUCUACUCCGUCGUCGGCAAGGAUGUCGCUCCCGGAGGUCAACUCUUUGACAUCGCGAUGUUGGUUCUGGCCGCCCAUUUCGGCGGGUACUUAUUCAGAAUGAUGAACCUUCCAGGACUCGUCGGAAUGUUGGCUGUUGGCGUUCUGUUCGCAAAUGUGGGCCUCAUCAACAUUCAUGGGCCUUACAAAUAUUUUACAGCUAUUCUCAGGAGGAUUGCUCUUGUGAUUAUCCUGACUCGAGCUGGUCUUGACUUGGAUCCUGGAGCUAUGAGGAGGCUCUUCUUCACCACGCUGAAGUUAGGGUUGGUUCCUUGGUGUGUCGAGGCAGGCAUAAUAGUGCUCUGUGCUCAUUUCUUCCUUAACAUGCCUUGGAUGUGGGCUCUUCUCACCGGGGCAAUCGAAGCAGCAGUGUCGCCUGCGGUGGUGGUACCGUGUCUGUUUCGACUUCGCAGUAAGGGCUACGGCGUUGCCAAGGGUAUACCCACAGUCGUAAUAGCUGUCUCUGGCAUAGAUGACGCUGCCUCCGUCGCAGCUUUCGGCAUCAUUCAAAGCUUGAUGUUCUCCGAACAUUCAUUGCUGUAUAACAUUGCGUUGGGCCCAAUAUCAGUUUUUGGUGGGGUAGGUUUCGGUAUUCUGUGGGGACUGCUAUCCAAGUUUGUACCAGAGAAAGGAGAUCCGUUUGUGGUGCCGCUGCGUAUCCUCAUGCUACUGGGUGGAGGUCUGAUUGCUGUAUUCGGCAGCGAGAUGAUAGGACUGGAGGGGGCCGGACCUCUGGGCGUCGUGGCGGCGUCAUUCGUUUCUUCCUGGGUCUGGAGCACUCAAGGCUGGGAAAUUGAAGACAAUCCGGUGCAAACGGCAUUUGAAAUAUUCUGGAUGGUGUUUGAGCCAAUUCUCUUCUCGCUAACUGGAACUCAAAUUAGACUGGACCUAAUUCCGACUGAGAUCUUUAUCGUGGCAGGAAGUUCCAUUGCAGUUGCUGCCGUCAUAAGAAUUUUCUCCACUGUUCUUGUCGCUAUAGGAGGAUCACUGAAUACGAAGGAAAAAUUCUUUGUCGCUUUAUCUUGGAUGGCGAAAGCUUCAGUACAGGCCGCUCUGUGUCCCGUGGCAUUAGAUACUCUUCGCAAGUUGGGGCGUGAUCAUGGCAUCGAAAAGUCCUACGCUGAGCAUCUGCUGGUUACAUGUGUGCUAAGUAUCGCAAUGACCGCACCACUGGGAGCCAUAGUCAUCACACUCGCAGGUCCACGCAUGUUAACCAAGACGAUUCCCGGACCACCUUCAGGAUGGCGGCACAGCUCACGCCCCUCACUCCGCGAUAUCACCGUCAUCGACGAGGGUAAUGAGUCCGACGACAUCGAGAGGAGGGGUUCCAGAGGCUCCAGGGGGUCUAGGAACUCUCAUCCUCGCCCACCUUUACAACCGCAGCCACAACCUUCUCCCCGCCAGACGCCUAACGUUGUCAUUACCCAACAACCUUAACAGUCUUCCUUCCUCAUACCCUCCCAAUAUCAGCCACAACCAACCCCCGCCAGGCGCCUAACGUUGUCAUUACCCAACAACCUUAGCAGUCUUCCUUCCUCAUACCCUCACAAUAUCAGCCACAACCAUCCCCCGCCAGGCGCCUAACGUUGUUAUUACCCAAAAACCUUAGCAGUCUUCCUUCCUCAUACCCUCCCAAUAUCAGCCACAACCAUCCCCCGCCAGGCGGCUAACGUUGUCAUUACCCAAAAACCUUAGUAGUCUUCCUUCCUCAUACCCUCCCAAUAUCAGCCACAACCAUCCCCCGCCAGGCGGCUAACGUUGUCAUUACCCAAAAACCUUAGUAGUCUUCCUUCCUCGUACCCUCACAAAUCUCAGCCACAACUAACCCCCGCCAGGCGCCUAACGUUGUCAUUACCCAACAACCUUAACAGUCUUCCUUCCUCAUACCCUCCCAAUAUCAGCCACAACCAUCCCCCACCAGGUGCCCUUUUUAAUUAUCCAAACUACCUUAGCCUUUCCCAUUCCUGUCUAACCACAGACACAAACAUCCUCCAGCAAGUCGCGUAACUUUUUCAUUACUCAGCAAUAUUAGCUGUCUACUCUCACAUAACCCAGUCGCAGCCACAACUACUGUCUUCUUCCACCAGGCGCCAAACCUAAUCUCUGCCUAGCAAAUGCAGGAUUCCUCCCUCAUAUACCCUCCCUCCCAUAGUUACAGCCACACACCGUGUGCCUAACAUAUCACUACCCAACCUUAGCAGUCUUUGCCCACAUACCCUCCCAACAACAUAGCUUUGUCCCAGUCAUGCAACCAACGACUUUACCAUUUUGGAAAACUGACUCCUUUUUUCUCUCAUUCACAUCAACUAAAGUUAUCAGCAGAAAUAGUUAUCGAUUCCAAAAUUAGAACAGAUUAUCCUGUGACUCUUCCGCUUUAAUAACGUACUCUUUAUUUUUGUAGAAUCAAAAACUAUACCUAAAGCCUACUCAAUACUCUUUAGUGUUUAUUUUUAAAUAUUACUUUAUUACUUAAGCGCACCAACAUUUUGAAUACGUCGGUUUGAAUUAUUAUGUCAUACUUCCUGUGAAAUCCAACAGCUAAAUGUUUGUGAGUUUUCAGAUGUACUCUAGUCUAUAACUCUGCUUUUUACUUAUUGAGUGAAUACCAUACUAGCUAUUCAAUGGAGUUCCUACAAUGAAUUGAAAUUCUGAGGCGUAUUAAUAAUGAUUAGUUACUAAUAAUUGUGAAAGCCAUGAAUCAAAAUAGUUUUUUACACCUAUACAUAAUAGGUAUGCAAUAUAUUACUAAUAUUAUUGUUGUAUUAACAAUAACAACAUAAUAGUAUUGUUUUUUUAAUGUAAUGCAAUCAAUAUAACAUUUAAUAAAAGUCACAUUUAUUUGUUUUUUUUCUAAAACUUUUAAAUUGUUGAAUUGUUAGGAAAUAAUUAUAUUGUUAACAUAAAUGUACCGGUUGUGUACUUAAAAUAGUAAGAUUCUGUAUGACUGUGUAAUUAAUUGUCUUAUUGUGUUAUUACAUAUAUCUGUAAACAUGUUGAUAUUAUUAGUUAAUAAGUUUAUUCAUUAAUUUAUGAUUAAGGUAAUUAGAUAAUAGUAGCACCUAAUUGUAUUGUUUUAUUUUGAUUUGGCAAAUAAACUUUUAUUUGUCA